AUGGGGCGCGCGCCCUCUCGCUUCGAGGGGCUUUGCGCCCUGUCAUGGCUGCUCCUGCUGGCGUUGCUCGCAGGCAACGCGCGGGCAAUCCUGACGGGGGAGCAGCUGCAGCGCCUGAUCGACGGGGACCAGAACGCCUGCCAGGUGUUUCUCCAGGAGGCUGGCAUCGCGGCUCUGCAGUCGUCGGGAGCGGGUUCAGAUGAGCGCUGGGACCACCAGGGCAUAUUCUCUGCGUGGGAGCAGAGCGUGGGGAGCCAGUACAGCAGGAUGAGUUGGGGCAGGUGGCGGUUUGCAGGCGAGGAAGACACCGUGCUGUUCCACGAGCUCGCGGCGAGGCUCAGGGACCUGGACGCGUCCCUCAUCAGCGCGGCGCCGCCCUGUGGGGCAGGCUGCCAGGCCAGGCAGCGCGCGGCGCUGAGGCGCGUGUACGAGGCGUCGCAGGGCCCCUCCUGGACGAACGCAGCGAUGCGGCGUCUCUGGGCGUCGGACCUGCACCACUGCUGCUGGCCUGGCGUCGUCUGCUGCACCGCCGACCACGCGCUUCCGACCGUGCGAACCUCAGCUGACGGGGAGCCGGCAGACAUGGGCACUUCCCGACCCUUCGCCACGUCGUGUGUCCGGCCAGGCGGGGUCGCCGCCGUCGACUUGUCGUCAGGGCUCAAUUUCAUCGGACAGGGCAGCGCCGCGCCGCCUACCCUGCCCGGGGAUGCACUCCUCGACCUCGCCGACUCCCUCGAGUACUUCGGCGCUACUGGCAUGGGCCUGCGUGGCGCCGUCCCGACCGCGGUGCUGUCCCUGCGGCUGCUCAGGUCUCUCGACUUGCGCUUCAACCGUCUGUCAGGGGAGCUGCCGGGCGCGACGGGGACGGCUGGAGACGGGAGCGACUGGUCGCUGCACUUGCGCAUGUCGGACGCCAUGCUCGAGGGCAACGAGCUCUCCGGGCCGGUCCCGGAGUCUCUGCGGUCCGCCCUCAGUCUUCGUUUCCUGGAUGUCAGCUCCAACAAGUUCCAAGGGUUGCCAGCGGGGCUCUUCGGCCUGCCCUGGCUGCGCGUGCUCGUGGCGGGAUACAACAGCGACCUCGACGUGACGUCGAUCGGCACCGAGCCCGCGGUCGGGCCGCGGCUCUUUCUCAUGCAAGGGUUGUCCGGGGAGUUCCUUGGGUCGCCCAACUUCGCCGUCCUGGGCCGUUUCGACGCCGCGCUCGACGCCGAACCGAUCGCGGUGCGCAUCCGCCGAGCCGGUCUGUCGGGCUCCCUCCCGCAAGCAAUCUCGCACUUGGACCUCGGCGAGCUGGACCUCGGCGAGAACCGCCUCACAGGGACCAUUCCGCCGUCGACGUUUUCCAUCGUGGCGCUGACGCGGCUCUUCCUCGACGGAAACGACCUCGACGGGGCCCUGCCCGAGCGCUCCUCGGUCCGCUCGCUCCAGGCCCUCGACCUCGCGGACAACCCGCGCCUGACGUCGACGCUCCCGCCGUGGCUGGGGCGAAAUCUGGACCUCACUCUACUGCGGGUCGCGAGGACCAACAUCUUCGGGGAGCUGCCCGUCGGGCUGAGCGCGCAGCGGCUCGCCUUGCUGGACAUCACGGACACGCUGAUGGCGCACAACCGCUCGCGGCCGAACUCCCGGGGGGAGCUGUUGCCGGAGUACCUGAGAUUUGGAGAGCAGCUCGACAACGUCGACGACGCGCAGAGGCUGCAGUGCAGGCGCGUGCACCUGGCUGGCGCUGGCGCGACGCAGGGAGUGGUGUCGAUUUCCGCGCGGUACCACCACUUCUCGGCUUGCUCGUGCGAGGAGGGAUUCGAAUUGCGCCCGGGGGACGGUCUGGAUGCUCACGUGGCAGCGCGCGUGGAGCAGGCGAGGACGAGCGCGGCGGGGUGGGAGGCGGACUUCGCUCCGCAGCCGACGCCGGUGUGCGUGGACGCUUCGUCGGGCGACGCGUUGCCGCUGGACGCACGCGUCGGCGUCAGCGUCGGCGCGGUGGUCCUCGUCUUGGUCGUCCUCGCGCUGGCCACCGCGUUCGUGAUGCGUCGCCACAUCGCCGUGGCGAUGCUCGAGCGCCGCAAGACGACCGGCCCCCCGCAAGCCAACCACUACGUCACGCUGGUGGUGACCGACGUCCAGGGCUCCACGGACCUGUGGGAGCGGUACCCGGACGACAUGAUGACCGCAAGCACGAUGCACGACAACAUCAUGCGGGACUUGCUCACCAGCUGGCACGGCUACGAGGUCACGACCGAGGGCGACGCGUUCAUCGUUGCCUUCCACACCGCUGACGACGCGCUGGGGUGGUGCGUCUCCGUGCAGCAGAAGCUCCUCACGGCGCCGUGGCCCGCGACGAUCCAGUCCCCCCUGCCCCCGCGCGUGGCGGCGAUGGGCCCGCUACCCUGGGAGGGUCGGCCAGCACACCCCUUCGACCCCUCCCCCGAAAGCUCAUGGAAGCCGACCUUGCCGCGCGGCGACGCCGAGGGGGGGCACGCCCUGGGGUACAUGUCGCCGAGACUCUCACAUGUCCGAUUCGAGAGCGGGGCGCCUCGGGAGGACCCCGCUGAGUCCCCCCAGGCAGUGGAGGUCUCCCCUGCCCUCCUCUUCGGGGGCCUGUCCGUGCGCAUGGGCGUGGCGACCGGCAAGCCGACUUCCGCGACUCGGCACCGCGUCACGGGCCGCAUGACUUACAGCGGCGAGGUGCUGCGCCAGGCCACGGCCAUCCAGGAGGCAGCCCAGGGGGGUCAGAUCCUGCUGUGCGGCAGGACGCGCACGCACGCGCAGAUGCGCGUCUCGCACGUCGCGGCGCGGGUCAAGAAAGGCACCAUCGCCGCGGCGGUGGCGCGCCGCCUUCAGCCGGUGCGAAGAGAGGUCUCCAGGAAGGACGUGGCAAAGAUGCGACGGAAGUCCCGGUUGACGCAGUUCGCCGAAGCUGUCGUGGGCUCCAGCGGGCACAGGGGCACCAUCUUGGGCGGCGGCCCCAACAGGGCGAGCACCCCGCAGCACCCCCAGGUGUCGCUGCUCGCGAACCGACGCGCGUCCAGUGGCGCACAGCGCCCCGCAGCCGACCAGCUGCGCGUCCACAGGCUGGACCCCCAGUUUGCGUCGCUGUCGGGCCGCGUGGCCCCGUCACGGGGAACGGUCUCCUGGUUGCAGCCACCUCCCGACGCCGGCAGCGCCAUCUCGGAUGCCGCGGACGACUCACGGUGCCCACGGCUGGACGAGGACGCAGCUGCAUCGCGCCGAACCCGGCGCGUCACGAUGUGCAGCGCGGCCGCGUCGGUCGGCGACCGCGAGAGCCUCCAGGUGAGGCCAAGCGGUCUCUCCAUGUCCGCCUCCCUGCGGCCCAACCUCGGCGUGCUCGGCUCCACGUUGAAGGAGAGCCGCGUAGCGCGGUUGCUGUCGACGGUCGUCGCGAGCUGGAGGGCGUCGCGUGCCAAGUCCGGCCUCGGCCAGGAGUCGAACGGUCUGCUGCUGCUGGACAUGGGGGAGGUCCAGCUGCUGCCGUCACGGGACGGCGCCGCGCCGGUGCGCGUGUACCAGCUCCUGGUUCCGCGCCUCGAGGACCGCGCGCGCGUGUUCGAGCGCCCGGAGUGGGAGGCCAAAGCGCAGCUGUGCGCGGGCUACUUCGACGCUCCGGGCGCGCGCUGCGGCCCGCUGGUGGGCUCGGCGGCCGCCCACGGGGGCGACUCAGGGAACGGCUUGCUGGCUCCGGCGCUGGACAGCAACAGCGGGGCGCAGAUCUCGCGCCAGCUCGACCUGCCGGUCCCGGAGAUCACGAUUUGCUUCUGCAUGCCCAGCGACUCCCAGGCGCUCCACGCGGGCGACGCAGCGAGCAGGCGGAUGCUGGAGGCGUACCGCGAGACCGUGCGCGUGACUCUCACGCGGUUCCGCGGCUACGAGUGCCAGGAGAUCGACGGCACCUUCAUGCUGGUGUUCCACGCGAUGGCCGACGGGCUGAUGUGGAGCACGUGCGUGAAGACGGCGCUGGAUGAGCUGCUCACGCGGGCGCAGCUGGGCGGGCGGGCGUCCACGCGGAGCGAGGCGUCAGGCGCACGUGGGGUGCCUGUGCGCAUCGGCAUGUACGAGGGACGGCCUGCGCGGGUUAUGCCGCACCCGUCCUCUGGCCGGGCCGACUACUUCGGGCCGCUGGUGAAUCGCGCCGCGCGCGUCGCGGCCGCGUCGCAGCCCGAGGCCUGCGCGACGGCGCCGUUCGACCAGAUCAUGAGGGCCUGCUCUUGGAUCGUCACGGGGCCCGGAGCGCACGGCUGGAUGUGCGAGGACGACGUUGGGCUUGCGCGCUGCCGAUGCAAGGGCGCGGCCGACCCGGGGGCCUCCGCUGGCUUGUUUUCCGGGCCGGGGCACCUUGUGGGGAUGUCAGCGCAGGCAACCUGGAUCACAACGGACGCCAACAUCCUCGACAAGGCCGGCGGCGAGGUCGUGCAGGACAUCCUCGCCGCGAGGGAGAGCAGGCGCGUCGCGAGCCAGGCCGGCGGGGACCGGUCGUCGCACGGACCCCGGACUUCGGCUUUCUCCGACUCGCGCUCGGCCGCCCGGCACCAUCCGUCCUCCAUGCAAAGCCGCAACCUGGACGACAGUGCCAGCGGCCUCGUCUCGGGCACCCGCACGAUCGCAACGGCGGGCUUCAUGCCAGACACGGCCGUGUCGCCCAGGGUUUUGGCGCCGCGAACUUCGCCGGGACCGCAGCGCACCGGCGCCCCCGCGGGCGGCCAGGAACACGCGUUCCUCAGGCGGUCCUCGGAGCGGGAGUCGACGCCCUUCACGGGCGCCUCGGUACACGGCCGGCGCGCCACGGAAACCGAGCGCAGCACCGCCUGCGGGCCUGCCGAUGCAGGCACGAGCUCGACCUCUGAAUGGGUGUGGACGAUGCGCGAGGGACGCUUCGAGGUGUGGCACGCGGGCCUGUACAAGAUGAAGGGCUUGUCGGGCCCCAUGGAUCUUGGCUCCCUGACGCCAGUCGGUAGCGAUGCUGUGGGAGCCACCGGAAUCAAGACGUCGAAGAAGAUCGAGAAGCUCGAGGACGGCUUGGGUCGGGCCGUGUUGUUGACGGUGCUGCGGCACACGGUGCUGCGCAGUCACCCCAAGGCCGCACAGCGGCGCGAGGCCGCGGGUGCGCACCCCCGCGGGCUGCUCGCGGGCUCCAGGUUCACUGCACGGAGGAGCUUGCGGAAGGUCCACGUGGCAGGGCCGUCGUUGCGGCACAAGGGCGGGACCGCGCCGCAGCAUCUCGCCGACGCGCAGCUACACGACCUGCGCCUGCCGGGCCUGCGGACGAACAGGCGCGUGAACGCGGGCGAGGAGCUCGUGCUGCCGCCGGGGCCGCCGUCGUUGCGGAGUUCCCAAGCAGCCCAUCACUUCCAGGCGACGAUCGAAGAGGAGGUCUGA